AUGCUCGAAGACACUAACUUCACAGUAGAUGCAUUUAAAUAUGGCAGUAUUUCGGGAUGCACCGCCUAUUUUUUGACCCAUUUCCAUUAUGACCAUUAUGGAGGUCUGUCAAAGGCCUUCACUGGAACUAUAUAUUGCAGCGAGGUAAUACGUUCCCGGCAGCAUUUACGUAUCAAGAUAACCAAGAAAUUCCUUUUGCAGAAUUUUGGACACGGCCUCAAUGUGCACGCCUUACCAAUGGAUACCUUCGUAAAUGUCCAAGGCUGUGAUGUGAUGCUUUUGGAUGCAAAUCAUUGUCCCGGUUCCGUUAUGAUCCUCUUCCGCUUAGUACUGCAGAAUAAAGUGGUCCUCCACACAGGUGACUUCAGAGCACAAUCAUGGAUGCUGGAAUCAUGUAGCGUUUUGAAACACUAUAUACAAUCUUCGGUGCCCUCUUCCACUGCACGGAUAACUACUCUUUUCUUAGAUACCACUUACUGCUGUCCCAUUUAUGGGUUUCCUACCCAGGAUGCCGUCAUCGCCGCUGCUGUACGGGUGACUCGUGAAUUCCUCCUCUCCGACCCCGACACACUUGUAGUAUGCGGGAUGUACAGCAUUGGAAAGGAGCGUUUUGUCCUAGGUCUUGCAAAAGCCCUUGGCUUGAAGGUCUGGUUACCAUCCAAGCAAAGGCGCCUAAUUGAAGCUGCAGCCAACGGCGGUUGUGUGAUCUGUUCCGAUCUCCUUAAACGACAGGCGCCUUCGCAAGCAGCUGCCGACCUGGUUGUCACAGACAUGGGCAAACUGAAUGCCCGCAGUCUUCACACCGAGUCCUGCGCUUUCACCGGUUCUGCUGAACGUCGCACUCUGCUGGCCUGGCGUCCCACGGGCUGGACGCACAACGCUUCUUCGCGCUUGCCUUGUCUGGACCUUAUCCAGGACCUGGCCGACUGUCUUUCCGUCAUCCACACCAGUGUCGGCGUCACCAUCCUUGGUAAGCACGCCUGCACGCACGCUCACUCAUCCGCCUUUAUUUAUUAUUACGAAUUAUGCUUUUGUUAA